ACCGUCAGUAAACAUUGAAGCAGAUGAAGCUUUGCCACUCACAUGUGAGUCAUUUCGUCUGAUGCCCAAAAAAACAGCGUCCCUCCCUCCAGACUCCUGCCUGUAUGUGUGUCUUUAGUCUGUGACUGGAUCGGUGCCUGAACGCACCACAGGGAGGAGUGACAUUAUUAACAGAGCUUUUUAGAGAAAGAAGGAGCGCGGAGACGCAAACGCAUCACGCACACAGACUGAAGGAUGUCUGGGAGCACAUCUGCGAGCACGCAGUCCGCAAAGAUGAAGAAGGACGAGUCUUUCCUCGGGAAAUUAGGAGGAACCCUGGUGCGGAAGAAAAAAGCUAAAGAAGUAAGCGAUCUCCAGGAGGAGGGCAAGAAUGCUAUCAACGCUCCCAUGCUUCCCUCGGGGACGGACAUCCAUCCAGAGGACACACUUAUGGAGGAAAAUGCUGAGAGGAUCAUGUUGGACCCGACAUCGCGGGAAAAUCUUAAAUUUAAAGAUCUUCUGAAGGUCCUGAUUGACUGGAUCAAUAGUGAGUUGGAGGAAGACAGGAUCAUAGUCAAAGACCUGGAGGAGGAUUGUUAUGAUGGACAAGUGCUCCAGAAGUUAUUUGAAAAGCUGUCGGGCAGGAAGCUGAACGUGGCCGAGGUGACCCAGUCAGAAAUCGGACAAAAACAGAAGCUUCAGACGGUUUUGGAGGCCGUCAAUGAACUGCUGAGGCCUCACGGCUGGACCAUUGAGUGGAGUGUGGACUCUAUCCAUUCAAAGAACCUGGUGGCUAUUGUUUACCUGCUGGUGGCUCUCGCUAUGCACUUCCAGGCUCCCAUCAGACUGCCUGAACAUGUUUCUGUACAGGUGGUGAUAGUAAAGAAGCGAGAGGGCAUCCUGCAGACUGCUCUUGUGACCAAGGAGCUGACGAGCACCACAGAGAUGAUGAUGGGAAGAUUUGAGAGAGAUGCAUUCGACACUUUGCUGGAUCAUGCACCUGACAAGCUGAAUGUCGUGAAAACGUCUCUCAUCACCUUCGUGAACAAACACCUGAACAAGCUGAACCUGGAAGUCACUGAGCUGGAAUCUCAGUUUGCUGAUGGCGUGUAUCUGGUACUACUGAUGGGACUGCUAGAGGACUACUUUGUCCCUCUGUACAACUUCUUCCUUACCCCUGAGAACUUCGAACAGAAGGUCCACAAUGUGCAGUUUGCCUUUGAGCUGAUGCAGGAUGGAGGCUUAAAGAAACCCAAAGCCAGGCCAGAAGAUGUUGUCAACCUGAACCUGAAGUCCACCCUCAGAGUCCUCUACAACCUGUUCACCAACUACAAAAACUCUGAGUGAACCUUUUCCGGGUUUCAUCCCCUGAUAUUACUUUGAACACUGCCCUGUGCCUGCGCUGACAUUAUACAUCACAGUAUGCACACUGGAGGAGACCAACUGGGACUGAAAGUCAUCAUUAUGUGGGACUUAAAAAAAAAAAAAAACAACCCACAGGGAGUAGCCUGAAAAAGGCUCUGAAUGUUAAUAUUUAACCGCUCCCCAAAUGUCAGUAUUUAUUUAUUCCUUCCUCGAAUGGUAUCUGCAACCCGGGAACCCCUGCAACCUUUAGCCUGUAUUUGAAUUCACAGCAAUCACUGGAAAAAUGUAAGAGGGCGUGAUGUUAAAACUGGAAAACAUUUGUGUGUUAACCAGAAUAUUUAAGAAGGGUGAAAAUGCUGUUAUAUAUUAUAUAGUGGUUAAAAAAACGCUUUGUGUACAUAAUAGAUUGACGUUUUGGGAAAUACACUUUGUUUUCUUGCAAAGAGUUCAAUGAGAAGAUCGAUAACGAUGCUAAAUAUAAAGCCGACAUUAAAGCCAGUAGUAUUUAACGAAUAGAUUUGAUUUUGUUACCUUUAAUGGCCUUUUAAUGCUGAUUAUUUUACC